AUGGAGCCACGGGCUGCUGUUGGAGACAAGCCCAGCGAGCCCGAGCCGGCGGCUUCCUUCCAGGCCCGGCUCUGGAAGAACCUGCAGCUGGGCAGCAAAGCCAGGAGCGGCCGGUCCGGCGCUGAGCGCCGCACUGCGGAGCCCCAGCCCUCCGCCGCGCCUCCUCCGGGCGGCAGCAAGAGGGACCCGCUGCCCGGCGCCAGGUGGAGCGGCUUCAAGAGGCGGAAGCAGGUGCUGGACCGCGUCUUCUCCUCCUCCCAGCCCAACCUGUGCUGCUCCUCGGCCGAGCCGCUGGAGCCGGGCGGCGAGCCCGCCUCCGCCCUGCGCCGCCUUCGCGAGCACCUGCACCAUCAAGGCAAGGGGCAGCAGCCACCCGGCCGCCCUGACUGCUCUCCCGCCUCAUCCUCCGCCGCCUCCUCGCUCUCCUCCUCCCCGCUGCCUCCCGCUGCCCCAGCCCGCGCGGACAAGGCAGGAGGGGAGGAGGGACGCCGGCCCGCAGCACACCUGUCCCACCAGAAGAGCUCCUCUCUGCCCGGCACCACCUGCCUGGAGCAGCUCUUACAGCCCCCCCCCCCGCCAGAGGGACCUGCCAGGGGGCCAGGUGAGUCCCAGGCACCUGAAACAGGGAGGCAGCAGGGAACAUCACAAACAGUAACAAAUACAAUUGGAACUAGUAAUGCAGAUUUUCCCUUGGCUGAUACCGGAAUGUACCAGUUGGACAUUACAUUAAAAAGGGGUCAAAAUUUAGCAGCGCGGGAUCGUGGAGGGACCAGCGAUCCAUAUGUCAAGUUUAAAAUUGGAGGAAAAGAAGUGUUUAGAAGUAAAACUAUACACAAGAACCUCAAUCCUGUGUGGGAGGAAAAAACUUGCAUUCUUAUUGAUCACCCUAGGGAACCAUUGUAUAUAAAGGUCUUUGAUUAUGAUUUUGGAUUUCAGGAUGACUUCAUUGGCUCAGCUUUUAUGGAUCUUGCGUCACUAGAAUUAAACAGACCAACAGAUAUCAACUUGACUUUGAAGGAUCCUCACUACCCUGACCAUGAUCUGGGAUCUAUAUUAUUAUCAGUUCUACUGGCUCCCAAAGGACAGAGGGAAGUGACCAUGCUAAUGAGGAAGAGUUGGAAAAGAUCAAGUAAGUUUCAGCCCCAGAGUUUACGCCUGUCAGACAUGCACAGAAAAUCUCAGCUCUGGAGAGGAAUAGUCAGUAUCACUUUGAUAGAGGGAUGUGAACUGAAGCCCAUGGAUGCAAAUGGAUUGAGUGAUCCCUAUGUGAAAUUCCGGCUGGGCCAUCAGAAGUACAAGAGUAAGAUUGUGCCAAAAACGUUAAAUCCUCAGUGGAGGGAGCAAUUUGACUUUCAUCUCUAUGAAGAGCGAGGUGGAAUUAUUGAUAUUACUGUGUGGGACAAAGAUGCUGGCAAAAGGGAUGAUUUUAUUGGCAGGUGUCAGGUUGACCUGUCGGUCCUGAGUAGAGAACAAACUCACAAGCUGGAGUUGCAGCUGGAGGAAGGAGAAGGAUGGUUGGUACUGCUGGUCACCCUGACAGCAUCAGCUGCAGUCAGUAUCUCUGACCUCUCUGUCAACUCCUUGGAGGACCAGAAAGAGCGAGAGGAAAUACUAAAGAGAUAUAGCACAAUGAGGAUGUUUCACAACAUGAAGGAUGUAGGAUUUCUACAGGUGAAGGUCAUCAGAGCAGAAGCAUUGAUGGCAGCUGAUGUCACAGGUAAAAGUGACCCAUUUUGUGUAGUUGAGUUGAACAAUGACAGACUGCUGACACAUACAGUCUACAAGAAUCUCAACCCUGAAUGGAACAAAGUCUUCACAUUCAAUAUUAAAGAUAUCCACUCAGUUCUUGAAGUGACAGUUUAUGACGAAGAUAGAGAUCGGAGUGCUGACUUUCUGGGCAAAGUUGCUAUACCGUUGCUGUCUAUUCAAAAUGGUGAACAGAAAGCCUACGUCUUGAAAAACAAGCAGCUGACAGGGCCAACAAAGGGGGUCAUCUAUCUUGAAAUAGAUGUGAUUUUUAAUGCUGUGAAAGCCAGCAUACGAACAUUAAUGCCCAAAGAACAGAAGUACAUUGAAGAGGAAAACAGACUGUCUAAACAGCUGCUAUUAAGGAACUUUAUCCGCAUGAAGCGUUGUGUCAUGGUGCUCAUAAAUGCUGCCUACUAUGUUAACAGUUGCUUUGACUGGGAUUCGCCCCAAAGGAGUCUGGCUGCUUUUGUGCUUUUUCUUUUUGUGGUUUGGAACUUUGAGCUCUACAUGAUUCCGCUUGCUUUGUUGUUACUGUUGGCAUGGAACUAUUUCUUGAUCCUAUCGGGGAAAGAUAACACGCAACAUGAUACAGUAGUGGAGGACAUGCUAGAGGACGAGGAAGAAGAGGAUGACAGAGAUGACAAGGAUAGUGAAAGAAAAGGAUUUAUGAAUAAACUCUAUGCCAUCCAGGAGGUGUGUGUCAGUGUCCAGAAUGUCCUUGAUGAAGUGGCUUCCUUUGGAGAAAGGAUAAAGAAUACAUUCAACUGGACUGUCCCAUUCUUAAGCUGGCUGGCAAUUGUUGCCCUCUGUGUGUUCACAGUCAUCCUGUAUUUCAUUCCACUGAGAUACAUUGUCCUUGUCUGGGGCAUCAAUAAAUUUACAAAGAAACUUCGCAGUCCAUAUGCAAUUGAUAACAAUGAGCUACUUGACUUCCUUUCCAGAGUUCCCUCAGAUGUACAAGUGGUGCACUACCAAGAACUGAAACAAGAUCCCAGUCACAGCCCAAAUAAGAGGAAGAGAAACAAUCCUGGCUAG